GCGGGGGUGGGGUCGAACAGUUGCUCCUGGUGCGCUCACGUUUCCUCCAGAACUUUCUCGUCACUCCAGAAACGACGUUUACACCCGCUUCACGGCCAUGGCAGCCCAACGCAGCUUCUCUGAUAGCUUCAUUGACGAAGAUCCGCUGAAAGCUCUGCAGGCUCUGAAUGAGGCCUUGCAGGCAGACUCGGACAAUGCUGAGUGGUUUUGUCAGCGUGCUUAUGCCCACAUACUUCUAAAGAACUACAGCUGUGCGGCUGAUGAUGCCAAGAAAGCGCAACAGUUAAAACCCAGCCUUCCCCUUGCGUUCAUGCGAACAGGAAUCGCCGAGUACCACCUGAACAGCUAUGAGUCAGCUCACGCAGCCUUCACCCAGGGACGCCAACUGGACGAUUCUGACAAAUCUUUUGAGGUUUGGAUCAAGCGGUGCGAGGAGAUGGCUGGUAAGCAGCUCACUCAAUGAGGUGAAGAUGAGGUAACUCUCACUGCAUCCAUGUUUCUUUGUGUCAGGCACGACUGGUACCAAACAGAAUCUCAGGUCAUUGUCACCAUCAUGGCCAAAAACGUUCCGCGGGACGGCGUGCGAGUCAGCUUCAUGGAGAGAGAGGUCUGUGCCACAGUACAGCUGGCAUCAGGGGAAAACUACGAGCUCCACCUCCGCCUGCUGCACCCCAUUGUUCCCCAGCAGAGCAGCUUCAAGGUCCUCACCACCAAGGUGGAGAUCAAGAUGAAGAAGAUGGAUGGCAUCAGAUGGGAGAAGCUGGAGGAGAAGGACAGAGCCCACAUCAAACACUUCAAUCCUCAUCAGUACCCGACCUCGUCCCACUACUCCCACAAGUGGGACAAGAUGGUGGUGGACCUGAGCGAGGAGGAGAAGAACGAGAAGCUGGAGGGAGACGCGGCGCUCAACAAGCUCUUCCAACAGAUCUACUCCGACGGCACCGACGAGGUCAAACGGGCCAUGAACAAGUCCUUUAUGGAGUCGGGCGGAACAGUCCUGAGCACCAACUGGAUGGAUGUAGGACGGAGGAAAGUGGACGUGAGCCCGCCGGACGACGUGGAGUUCAAGAAGUACUGAUGGCCUGCUCCUCUGCGUCUUCGCCCCCCCCCGACCUCCGAUCCACAUCGUCUCUUCACUCUGGGAGUCUGGGCGUGGUCUGCGGGGGUUAACCCUAAACCCUGACCCCUGCUGACCUCUGCUAACCCCUGCUCUGUCGCCCACCCCCACCUGUGUCGUCACCCAACACCACAAAUGGCCUCUACUGCGCAAUAAGUCACGAUGUGAUGGUUACUUCAUUUAUUUAAUCAGCAGGAUGGAUUCCUUUACACCGUCUGAUUCUGUUUCUGCAUUUUUUUAAGACCAAUGACCUGGGAAUGAAGUUAUAGCCGUUAUAGUAAGGUGUAACAGACAGACCUGAAAUGAUUCAAGCCCCUGAUCUGGAUUUUGUUUUUUUUAAACAGCUUCUUCUUAAGAGACGGCGUGAAGCUGCUGAUUGUUCACUCUCCAUGCAUUUCUUGGCUCAUGUUUUCUUUUCCUGUAGACUCGGUAAAAGUCAGCAGCAAUACUCCAACACUGACCGUCCUGGAAUCCAGUGCUCCCCUCCAACCCCCAAACCCCCCAGUGUGACUCCAGCUUCAAGUGUAAAUAAAGGAUUUAUUGUUUGGCUCUCAAACGUGGUCUGGUCUGUCG